ACUUCCGUAAUAAUGGCUUCCGUAGCAAAAAUAAAUUUGUGUUCUCUUUGUUGAUUUUAAUGUUCUAGUUAAUGAGAGUAAUUUCCAGUUUAACGGGGUAAAGAAAUUAAAUUUACCAGUUUUAUUUUAUAUCUCUAUUCCUACUAUCGGUACUAAUAUCAACAUGAGGAUUAAAAAGUAAAGUUCACCUGUAACGUUCUUGGCAAUCUUGGGGGUGAAAAAUUAUUAUUCAGAGCUGAAAACAAGAUUAGAAAAAUAUAGACCUAAAUAAAGUCUAAAGAGAAAGUGAAUAAGAGGCCUACCUAGCCUAGACUAGAAUAGAGGCCAGAACUAGAAAUUAAAAUUUUCCUGCCGAUUAACGAAAGAUUGAAGGAUCUAAUCCACUUCCCCACUUAUUAACUCAAAUCGUAUUAGUAUUGUUGAUUGUUCAUUGUUGCAAAAUAUUUUGACUCCCUUAUACUCCCUUAUACUUAUAACUUAUACUUUAAAAUGUAUCCAAUUCCAAUGAAUAGUUUUAUUAUUUUAAAAUAUUAUUUAAUAUAAUAUAAUAAUAGGCCAUAGGCAAAUACUAAGUCAGUAUCACUAAGUCAAGCGUAAAGUCCUACCUAAAUUUAGUGCCCCUAGCCCUAACUCAGUAACUGGAGUGUAAAUUUAACUCUAAAUUUAGUCCCCUCUCCAAAAUUAUCCGUAAAUUAAAUUUAACUCUAAGCCUUCCCUCAGCUUAAUGUUAACUCUCUAAACCUAAAAAUCUAUGACCUAAUGUCAACCCUAAAACCACAUGUAGGCUAUAUGUGUUUCCUACAUUUACAUUGUACUGUACAGAGAAAAUCCUUUAUUUGAAGUAAAAUAUUAGAUUUAUUUUUAAAAUAAUGAAAACCCUGCUUACAGUUUCAUCAAAUAUAUUUUUACUUUUACACACUGUAGGUUCCACCAAAAAUAAAAGGCAGUGUCUACACGUCCGGCGCGCCGGACGUCUAUCUCCCGCACUAUGUGUCCGGCGACCAAGUCACAUGACUGCCGUAACAAAGUGGCGAGAGAUAUCUUGUCGGGCAGCCUUGUCACGUGACUGCGAAUAAUUCAAAACUAUUGUUAAUUUUAAAAUCUAUUUCUCUACCGAGUAAUGUACUGAGUAUCUUGAAUGCAAAUAAUAGAAAACAUUUUUGUUUAGUUUGUUAUUUGAGUUUGUGUACCAGUAAUCCAUUAAAUAAAUUAGGGGCCAGUGUGGAGUAGGCGUAGGCAACCAAUAAAAGUUAAAGUAAAAGAUUUCAUUUUAAAUUAUUUCAAUUGCUACAAAAUAUUUAAAAACUUCUCAUGAAACUACUGUUGCUGAGGAACAUGAUAAUACAAAUAUAUACAAAAUAUUUUAAUUAAAAUGGGCAGAAAAAAAUGACCCUAUCCCCGGUAUAGAUCCUCAAACCUUCCUAUCGUCAAGCAACCACUCUACCACAAGACCAGACAAGAUGUAAUAAACCGUACUUCGUUUGGAAUUAUAAAAACUACUAGCCGUCCGGCCAUGUCCGGCGGUCACGUGACAAGCCGCCGGACAUAUAUCUUGCCCACUACACGUCUGGCGCGCCGGACGUGUAGACACUUCGAAAAUAAAAUCCAAAAGUUGUCAGAAAAAUAAUACCCAUUUGUUUUAAAUAUUAUAAUUAACCACCCAUUGAAAUAUUAAUUUAAAACAUUCCAUGUAAGUAUUAAUAUUUAAUAAAAGUUAACUCUAUUAACAAUCCAAGAAUAAACAAAUUAGAGAGAAUCCUACACAGAAACUCAAAUUUGCGUUCCCAUCAGACAUUAGCUGCCUAGCCCUAAUGAACCCCCCACUAGGAGUGAGGGCUAUUGACCUUUAAGUUAUGAAAUUUUUAUUAUUAUAAUAACCUAAAAUAAGUCACAAGUUUAUUUUCUAAGUUCUACAGUUCUUUUUGUAAUUUAAUAAACAAAUUAGAAGUCCUUUUUUUUCAAUUUUAAAAUGCAUUUUAAUUUUUGUAGAUCUGUAACUGCAAGACUUAGUUAAACUAUUUGUAGGGAUAGCGAGCACAAAAAAUGGUUGGGAAACACUGAAUAUAGUAUUUAAGCAAUCCCAACAAAGGACUAAUUCUAUAAUCUAACACACUACGAACUAUACCAGUACUCGGCUCAUGAGUAUCAGUAACUUCAGUCAGCAAACAACAAGUAAAAAAGUUAAACAUAACUCAAACACUAUCAUCAAUAACACUAACUCAACUGUGACCACUAUCAGUAAUGACUCACACCAACUGAUUACCGGGUACCUUAAUGUCUACGCCUAGGUGUCAUACAAAUAGACCUGAGCCAGAACUUUUAGUCCUGGGUCUAUUUUGAUGCUUAUUUUUUGUGCAUUGGAAUACCUUAAAAUUCACUCAAUUUUGUAGAUAAUUAUGUGUGGAAAAUGUAACCUAGUCUUUUUUUAAAAUUGUAGGAUCCAUGAAUAAAUCAAAGUGAUCCAAAAUGAUGGAAAGGAAAGUUCGUCUGAAGACAGUAAACCCUUUUAUUACUUGCUACAUCUGCAAAGGGUAUUUAGUGGAUUCAACAACUAUUACAGAAUGUCUCCACACAUGUAAGUAUAUUUCAUUAUGGUCAUUUGCGGCAUAGAAAUUUGAAAGUACUAUUGUGUCGAUCAAUGACAUAGUUUAGUUUCUCAUGCAAGGAAAGGGUUUUCAUGCAAUUAUUAAUUUGAGUAUUUUUAAUUUCAUGACUUCAAAUGCUACUAGAGUUUAGAAUUAAGAAUUACAACUGUACUUUUUUAAAAUUUCAGUUUGCAAAAGUUGCAUUGUAAAAUAUCUGGAGGAGAAAAACACCUGUCCCAAAUGUCAUAUUGAGAUCCAUCAGAGUUAUCCUCUAAAUUAUAUUAGGUAAGUAACCAAACACUUUCUAUAACUGCCUUGGGAAGCCAGUAUUAAGUCAAUUAAGACCUUUCAUUAUAUGAAAAAUAAAAGAUUCUAAUUAAGAUGAACUCAUUAAUGCUAUGGUAUUAAACCAAUAGUCUUAAUAUUAUCAACUAUAAAUAAUGAGAUACUAUUGUAUUUUAUUUGAUAUAAAUUUAACUAAUUACACAAAUAACUUGAGAUUUAAGACAAAAGAAGAAAAUCUUUGGCUUAAAAAAAAAAUUUUUUUUUUCACUUAUGACAAUUUUUUUUGUCAAUUGAUGGGGGAAAAAAUUAAUGUGACCUAAUAAAAAUUUAUUUUAAAAAAUGACACCUUCAUGAUUUUGACUGAAAAUUGAGGUGACAUCAGGUCUCCAAAAUAUAAAAUGGUUUUCAAAUAAUGUAUGAUUCAUAUUAUCAUCUUCAGUUUUGACAGAACAAUGCAAGACAUUGUUUACAAGCUGGUUCCAAAUCUACAAGAAAGUAAGAACAUUACUUCUUCUUAAAAAAUGUUAAUGUUAAUAAAACAUUUUAAAUUUAGUAUUAAAAUGAAUACUUAUCAGAACUUAUCUUCAAUUCUUUUGUUAUUGAUAAUUCAGUUGUGUAUCAAUCUAUUCUUUAAAUAGUUGUUUUGUAUUUUAAUUUAAUUUACUGCAAUGUAUUAUUGUGUUAAUAAAGCUUAAAACUCUAAUUACCAGUACAUUUAUUUUUCCAGAGGAGUUCCAGCGUAUGCAGGAGUUUUACAGGAAAAGAGGAUUAUCUGUUCCUUCAAGUAUAGGUAAGUUUUUAUUAUUAGAUGCUUACCGGGUAUAAUGUUUCUCGUAACACGGGUUAAGCCUAGAACCUACAGGCUUUCUUUUCUGAUAUAUUUACUCAAUUUGAGAACACUAUAACUUUUAAUAAAUAAAUAAUAUUGUGUAAUCUAUGUUUCUAUUACAUACAAAUUGAAAGUUUAAGCUUUCAUUAAGUUCAAAUAAUAUACAUUAGCCUUUUGACAUGUAUAAUCUUUUAAAAAUUCUUUAUACACAUAUAAAUAAAUAAAAAAUUUACUAUUGUUAGUAAAAAAAAUAGUUUUAUUUCAAAGGCCCUUCACGUUUUACUUAUUUAUAAUGCUACCAGCUACGAUAUCCACAGUAAAUGAUGAAAACAGUAAUGAGUGCAAUAAAAGUCAAAGUCAAGAAAACAAUGAAGAUGAAGAUCACCAUCGAAGUGAUGAGCAAGUCAACAUCUGUUUAGAGUGCCGGGCUCCAAAUCUUAAGCACCUUAAGAGAAGAUACCUUCGCAUCUCAACUCAGGCCACCAUCACACAUUUAAAAAAAUUUGUAGCACUCAAAUUGUAUAAUAAUAUUAAUAGGUUUAAAGAGGUACGAAUAUUUAGUUAACAUUCUGUUAAGUUAGAAGUGAAGGUUAAAUUUUAAACAUUUUUUUUUCUAUAAGUAAUAACAAAAAAAAUAAGAUGUUGUCAAAUAGGUAAUUUAAUUUAUUUUCAAAUAAACAGGUGGACAUUUUGUGCAAUGAAGAAAUUUUAGGCAAAGAUCAUACUUUAAAAUUUGUGGCUGUGACAAGAUGGAGAUCAAAGGUAAGAAAAUAAUUUACAGUUUCUUUGAUUAGAAAUAGAAAUACUUGUAAUUGAUGGUGCCCAAAAGCAACCAUAUAAAAAAUGCCUCAUAUUGGUUUAAAGAUUAUUUUUUUUCAAGCAGGUAAUUAUUUCCUGAUGUUUCAAUUUAUUAUAAUUUUUUACCCUUAACUUUUUGCAGGACGCCCCAUUGUUAUUACAUUACAGACAGAGAGUUGCUGACUUAUGACACAGUUUGUACUAUAGCUUGUAGAUAAGAUUGUGGUUGAAAAAGUAUGAGAGAAUGAUGUGAACACAAUCAUGCAUUUACCCUUCAACCAUGUUUGUAAACAAAGUUUUCAUUAAGCACGAGUUAUAUUUAAGCUUGAUACAGACUAACAAAAGCAACUGAGUUAUAUUUAAGCUUGAUACAGACUAACAAAAGCAACAAAAAGGAAACAAAUACAUUUAAAACAUUUUAAAGAAUGGGAAAAAAUGAAUCCAAGUACUUGGUCAAUUAUUUCUACUUGAACAGAGUUAUGCUUUAUUAUUUCUCAAGCAAGCUUAAGCACUUCUUGUGCUCUAUUGAUACUUUUUUCACAAGCUUGAUUGCAGUCUCGUUUGUUUAACUUUGUCUUUUAUUAAGAUAAUAAAGCAUUUAGUUUUGGGGGGAUUAUGAUGUGCUUAAUAUGGAUCAUAUUGGAAGAGGCAAAACAUAUUUUGCAAUAAGAUUUUUAAAAAGUGAGAAAUCCAUUCCUCCCACAGCUGUGUUCACUGGAAACAAUAUAUAUAUUUUUUUAAUACUUGUGUUGCCCACAAAGCGUAUUUAAAAAUCUCUGUUCAACAUUUUAGUUAUAUUCAAAGAGUCAUUAAUUAAUUCUUUUCAAAAAGUCCAUCAAAGAAAAGCUGUAGAAAUUUGUGACCAUUUGAGAAUUGGUAAAGUCUGAAGAUGUCAGAAAACUUAGAUCAUUGGUAUUAACAAGAUUAUUAUUGCAAUCUGUUUUUAAAAUGUGCAGUCAUAUUCCUGUAUAAAUCCUUAUAAAUUGAUGCAAUGAAGAUUGUAAUGCAGUAAGUCAAUUUGUGCAAUACAUUUUGUAUUUGCCGAACCCACUGUUAAUGACAUUCAGUUGCAGUUUGACACCAGUUUUCAGAUAAAGAUGUCUCACUAGAUUAAAAUAGCUCAUAUAUGCACUUUGUAAUCUUAUGUUUUAUCAGUAUCUCAGGGGAGAUCUGCACACUUAGCAAUGGUAAAUAUUUGAAAAUAGCAAUGGUAAAUAUUUGAACAAUCAUUUUUUUUUAUCAAAACUUGCAAAAAUUUUCAAGUGCUGAGGUUACUGAAUAAAUCAUGCAUUAUUUCCCUUCUGUUCCAAAAUUAUUUUGAGACACUAAAACUAUACUUGUACUCUUUUUUUUUUUUUUUAAGAGUGUUGCCUUAUUUAUGGUGCAUGUUCUUUAGAAAUAAGAGAUGCGAUUCCCGAUUAACUGGAGAAUUUUCCCAGCUAUGAUAUGGGAAAUAUGAACUGGCACAAAACUAAGAAUAUGUUUCUGACAAGAUAUUUUUACAUAUGCAAAGGUUUUAGAAAAAGUGAAUUAUAUUUCUUGCACUUGCAUAGCAAUAUUUCAUAAUAAACUGUAUAAUUUUGCAUUUCUAAUUCUAUUGCUAUUUGCAAUGGAUCAAUUUUUUUGUCAAAUUAAUUUGUUUUCUAGACUUUGAUUGUAUUUUCCAAGAGAUAAAAUUUGUUGAUGUAUGAUUAAGUCCAGUGAUUGUAUUUACUUACUGUGUGAUCUCUGGCUGAAGUUAUUUUUAUUGAUAAAUGUCUUAUUUCCCCUGACCAAACAUGAUGUGAUUCCCUAGGUAUGAAAUAUUGUGUCAUAUAGCAUGACCAACUUUUAUAUUAAAAUACUUGACAUAUGAUUUUUCUGUUGGUUUUUUCUACUGAAUUAAUAAUAAUACUUUCUGCAUCAUUUGAGUUUUUUUAUUGGACAUCAGAACAUUAAUCAAUAAUU